CCGCGCACGUUUAAACGCUCCCUGCAGCGGAACACGCGGCUGUGUAUCGGUUUGGUGUGGCAGGUCGCUCGGUGCUUCAGAGAUUACACUACAAAGCGAGGGGACCUUGGAUAAGGGACGCCGAGGAAACAAGUGUUUGUGCGGCUGUGAGUCACAUUUUUUCUAAGGUUCUUAACAUGGGUACCAAUGAGAGCAAGAUAGCUGUGGCAUCAACGCCUAAACCAAUCAAUCGACUUACAAAUCAGCGUGUGGCGCAGCUCUCCGACCCUCGGUCCCCGUCCUGUGACUUCAGCCGCACACCUAUACAGGUGGGAGGCACAGCCUCCUGUGUCCAAGAUGUCCAGGAGACCGUUGGACCAGUGUGUGUUGACCCACGUUCACCCACACCUGGUAUCAUUCGCACCCCGUUGAAGGACGGCAUGAAAGUGGCCGUCAGCUCAUUUGCUCGCCGCCUGAGCACGUUUUUCCUUAAUGACGCUGCGAUGCGGUUCUCUGGCUCUGCUGCCCUGGCCCCUGCCCCCUUCCCUAAAUGUCCUAGCCUGCCCAGUGUGGAGCAGCACCAGGAGGAGCUUUGCUCUACAGAGCCCCUCCUCCCACCUCGCACAUCCCUCAGUGGGGGUGCUGACACGGCGUCUACCCCAGUGCCCUGCAGCACCUCGGUGGGCUAUGGCUCCUUCGCUGCCAGCCCAUUUGUGCUGGUUGGAGAGGUGGAAGUGGACACCGAGGUCUCGCUAGAAGAGGCAGAGGAGGCCCUGCUUCUCGAGGAGUCUCCGCUCAAAAGGCAGCUCAGCCUCAGCCUGCUUGCCUGCCGCGAGGGUGUCUAUUCUCCCGAGUUCUACUCCUCAAAUGAUGAGCGUCCCGCCACUCCUCUUCCUCCACUGGAGGAUGAGCAGGAUGGUGACCACUGCUACGCCCACCCUCAUGGCACCAGUGAGCCCAUCCAGCCCUCUUCUCCAGUCCACGGAGCCAUUUUGCAUCCGCCAGAUGCUGCUCAGCCAUCUGAGCUAGAGGACGUCACAGCAGGAGACCCUGAAAAACCAGAGCAGGGGCCUCUAGAACCAGAGAAACCCAAAAUGGCUGUUCCUGUAUCAGCUGGUGCCCCUAAGCCUAGCCUGAAUCUUAAUGCUCCAAAAGAUUCCCCCCUGACUGGCAUUAGGUUUCCCAAGUUUGAUGCCCGCAGCCCAAGCCAGGCAGUGUUUAAACCCCAGUGGCUGGGUGUAGGAUUUGGGGCGACAGGUGUCAGGGCCAGAGGGGUCCCUGCUCGAGGGUCCUCCUUCUCCCCCAUCUCUACUCGGAAACCAGCUAUUGAUGAGAAUGAGAAUAAAGUGGUGCUCGCCAAGCAGAAACAGAGAGGCAAAGCUCUUCUUAGUGAAGGCAGAUCUCCUCUGCAGGUCCUUAAGGAAGCCAAUUCACCCAGAGAUCAUACUGCACAGAUGAAGCUGAAAGUUUCUACUCCAGAGAAGCAGAGGUUUGGCCAGAUUGACAGAAGAGCACUUAUUCUCUCUCUCAACAAAGAGAACCAGUAAAAGAUGAACCUGGUCUGAAUGAAAUUUGCUACCAACACUGUACAUGGAACUCUAAUUUUUUCUCAGGAAGCAGCUUUAAUGUAAUUGAAUUCAGUGUGUGUGUCAUGCAUUCCCUUUU